AUGUACAAAUUCGGAAAAAUAAAUUCCUAUGAAGGAAUUUUGGAUCUUAAAAAAAUCGUUAAGGAUGUCGACAUUGAAGAGAUGGAGGAAGCCUUAAAUAUUUGUGAUCUGUCCGUUCUUGCCAAAAAAUAUAAAACCUGGUUAAAGCAUAUGCCUCGUGUUAAACCUUAUUAUGCUGUCAAGUGCAAUGACGAUGCAGUGGUUGUGAAGGAACUCGCCAAAUUGGGGACAGGAUUUGAUUGUGCUUCGAAAAAUGAAAUAAAACUAGCGCUUGAAGCGGGUGCUAAUCCGGAGGAGAUCAUAUUCGCCAAUCCUUGCAAGCCGGCAAGUCAUCUGCAGUAUGCUAAGGAAAAGAAAAUUAUGACCAGCACUGUGGACACUGAAUUCGAGAUCUAUAAAAUCUUUGAGCACUAUCCCGAAUCGAAUUUGGUUAUACGUUUCCGGUGCGAAGCUAAAGUUGCACAAUGUCCACUGGGUGACAAAUUCGGGUGCGAUGCUGAAGAGGAUGCUGCGGCCUUGAUGCUUCUGGCUAAAAGUUUAGGACUUGCCGUAAUAGGUACUAGUUUCCACGUUGGAUCUGGAUGCAGUGACUAUCCAGCUUAUAACCGCGCUAUUGCCACGGCGAAAAGUUUGUUUAAAUUUGGUCAAUUGCUUGGUUUUGAAAUGAAAAUUAUGGAUAUUGGCGGUGGCUUCCCAGGAGCUGAUGAUAGCAAGUUCGCUACAGUCUCGGAGAUAGUUAGUGCAUCUUUGGAUAAAUAUUUCCCGGACGAUGAUGUUGAAAUAAUUGCAGAACCCGGGCGUUUCUUUGUUGCCUCAGCGUAUACACUUGUUUGUAAAAUUCAUGCGAAACGCGAAAUUAGAUCUGGCAAAAAAGCGGACCUGAAAAUGUACUACAUAAAUGACGGUGUAUAUGGAUCGCUCAAUUGUGUUUUGUAUGACCAUCAGAAAGUCACAGUCGAACAUUUUCUGGAUGAUGAUGACAAUUUGAAAAAAUUCAAGUCGUUAAUAUGGGGACCCACAUGUGAUGCUUUAGACAAGAUUAUUGAGGAAACCUAUUUGCCAAACUUAUCGUGUGGGGAUUUAGUUGCCUUUCCUAAUAUGGGAGCUUACACAGUACCGAUCGCCAGUCCUUUUAACGGCUUCCUGGUACCGAAAACUUUAUAUUUCAAAUCAGUUUGAGUGUAAUAUGUAUAACUGUAAAAAAAUAAAAAGGUAAAUGUAAAUAAAUUUUUUAUUCGGGCUUCAGUUUCAUCGUAUUCAA